CGUUUUGGAACUAGGGUUUUCACUCGGCCUCUUUUCUCCAUCCUCCUCGCAAAGGUCGGCAAUGGAUGCCUUUUCAUCGUCGUCACCCUCCAAUGGCUCCUCUUCCGCCUCGCCGGAGGCCCUCAUGGAUCAACUGAAGUCCCAGCUCGCUCAGGCGUACGCUGAGGAGUUCCUUGAGACAGUAAGAAGCAAGUGUUUCGCGAAGUGCAUCACAAAGCCUGGAUCGAGCUUGAGUGGCAGUGAGAGCAGUUGCAUCUCAAGGUGUGUGGACCGGUACAUUGAGGCAACGGGUAUUAUCGGCCGUGCUCUGUUUAAUUCCCCGCGUUAAUUGCCAAGUUUCCAAAAUUCAUACCAUGGCAUGAGAGAACUGUUGACUGGCUCAGUUCUUUAUGGAAAAGAACCAAACCAUCCUCUGCUAUUCAUAGAAGCUGAUCUAUUGUCUGAAAACUUGCUUUGCAUGAACCCUGCUGGUGUAAAGCGUGUUUUCUAAAUCUUUUGUUUUAAAUAUUUUUAUUCGCAAGGGGACGCCCGGCGCAUUUAUUUGAUUACAAGAACCUGUUUUUCUA